AUGAACUCGAUAUAUGUGCUUAAUGACAAAAACUUUAAGUGUUGGAAAGAGAAAAUUAUGUUGGUUCUCGGCUGCAUGGAUAUAGACUAUGCAUUAAGGAAAGAACAACCUGCCUUUCCUGUGGAGAAAAGUUCUGCUAAUGAAAAGGCAAACUUUGUGAAGUGGGAAUGUUCUAAUCGCUUAAGUCUAAUGAUGCUAAAGCGCAACGUUCUAGAAGCAUUCAGGAGCAGUAUGUCCGAUGAGAUAUCUAUAAAGGAUUUCCUUAAAGAAAUUCAAAAAUGUUUUGCAGAGAAUGAAAAGGCUGAGACAAGCAAGCUUUUAGCUGAUCUUAUCCAGAUGAAGUAUAAAGGAAAAGGAAAUAUUAGGGAGUACAUUAUGGAGAUGGCUAACAUCGCUUCCAAACUUAAGACAGUAAUGCUUGACUUGUCUGAUGACUUGCUUGUGUAUUUGGUACUCAUAUCCCUUUCUGCACACUAUGGUCAAUUUAUAGUGAGAUAUAACACUCAAAAGGACAAAUGGACUCUUGAUGAGCCCAUUUCACAUUGUAUGCCAAAAGAGAAUAGACUGAAGUGUGAAAAGAUUGAAAGUGCUCAUGUUGCAACUACCUCAAAGAGCAACAACUGA